GCACAGAGUUCAAGGAAUCAAGGGCUCUGACCCCUAUUCUUUCCUCUUCCUCUCCACACCAUGAGGGGAAACCAACUGCCCAAGCCAGUCUUGAUUCUACUUUUUCUGCUCCUUCCCAGUGAUGCUUCAGCUACUGCAAAACCGCAGUACGUGGUGCUGGUCCCCUCAGAGCUCUACACCGGUGUUCCCGAAAAGGCCUGUGUCAUCCUUAGUCACCUGAACGAGACGGUGACAGUGAACGUGACUCUGGAAUAUGGAAUGCAGAGCAGAGACCUCCUCACAGACCUGGUGGCAGAGAGGAAUUCUUUCCACUGCAGCCCCUUCAUCAUUCCAGAGUUGCCAUAUUCCCCCGUGGUCAUUGUUGUGCAGGUAAAAGGGCCAACUCAGCAUUUCAUUAAGAGGAAACAAAUGCACAUAACCAAAGUAGAGAACACAGUCUUUGUCCAGACAGACAAACCCAUCUACAAGCCAGGACAAACAGUGAGAUUCCGCAUUGUCUCUGUGGAUAUCAAUUUUCGCCCUUCGGAUGAAACAUUCCUGGUUGUUUAUAUUGAGAACCCCAAGAGGAACCAAAUUUUCCAAUGGCAAAGUGUCCAAUUGCAAGGGGGACUCACCCAGCUCUCUUUCCCCCUAUCCAUGGAGCCCAUUCAGGGUUCCUACAAGAUCGUGCUGCAGAAGGAGUCAGGAAGACGAAUAGAGCACUCCUUUGAUGUGAAUGAAUAUGUUAUCCCCAAAUUUGAGGUCCAAGUGAAAAUGCCCAAGAUUAUUAGUUUUCUGGAUGAAGACUUUGUGGUAUCUGUCUGUGGCUUAUACACAUAUGGAAAGCCUGUCCCUGGGCUGGUGACAAUUAAUGUGGGCAGGAAAUAUUCUCAAUACCAUCCCACCUGCCAUAACAUACAUUCAAAACAUAUCUGGGAAGAAUUUAGUCAACAGGCAGAUGAUAAAGGAUGUUUCACACAACUCAUAAAGACUAAAGUAUUUCAGCUGAGACAAAGAGGGUAUGACAUGACAAUACAAGUGGAAGCCAAGUUCAGAGAGGAGGGAACAGGGUUGGAAUUAACCGGGCAUGGAUCAUGUGAAAUAACAAAUACCUUAAGCAAACUGAAAUUUACUAAAGUGGAUUCACAUUACAGACGAGGCCUCCCUUUUUUGGGGCAGGUGCUUCUAGUCGAUGAGAAAGAUCAACCAAUCCCCAAUAAAGCUAUAGUUGUUGAUGUGGGAGCCACGUAUCAGUCCAACUUUACUACUGAUGAGCGUGGUUUGGCAGACAUUUUGAUUGACACCAGCAAUUUCACAUCCUCCCUCAUCACAGUCACGGUGACUUACAAACAUAAUAACAACUGUUUUGAUACCUUGUGGCUUGAUGAAUUUCAUAUAGAAGCACGCCACACUGCAAAGCAUAUUUUCUCCCCGAGCAAGAGUUAUGUUAACCUUGAACCUGUUGCGGAUACUUUGACCUGCGGGCAAACCCAGGAGAUCUGGGCACACUACAUCCUGAAUGAACAGAUUCUGAAGGAUGAAAAAGAGUUAACCUUCUAUUAUUUGAUCAAAGCAAGAGGAAGUAUCUCCCAAUCAGGAAUCCAUGUGUUGUCCAUUGAAGAAGGAAAUAUGAAAGGGGUGUUUUCCUUCUCCUUUCGGGUGGAGCCAGACAUUGCUCCUGCUGCUCAGUUGCUGGUUUAUGCUGUCUUACCUGACGGAGAAAUCGUGGCAGACGCUGAGAAACUCGAGAUUGAAAAGUGUUUUGCCAACAAGGUAAAUUUGAGUUUCUCCCCAGCCCAGGGCCUGCCGGGCUCAGACACGCACCUGAAGGUCACAGGCACCCCGCUCUCCCUGUGUGCUCUCCGUGCAGUGGACCAGAGCGUGCUGCUCAUGAAGCCCGAAGCUGAGCUCUCGCCUCAAUCCGUGUAUGAUCAGCUUCCAGUAAAGACUCUCCUUAACAUUGGAUAUGGAGGUCCUGUGAAUGAAGACGAUGAAAAAUGCAUCAAAGCAGAAGACAUAACUCACAAUGGAAUCCUUUACUCGCCAAAGCAAGUCCUGGAUGAUGAUGACGUUUACGGUAUCUUUAAGUCUAUAGGAUUAAAUAUUUUUACCAACUCAAAAAUCCAUAAGCCACGGUUUUGUCAGCUGCCUCUGCCAUAUCAAUAUUUUCGAGUGCCUGCUGCCCAGGCAGGAGUGGGUGUGGGAGCCUUCCCUGGACUACCUGCUGCUUCAGCAAUGGCUUACCCAAUGAUGGGGAGACAAAACUCUCCGACUUUUCAAGUGAGAAGUGAAGGACGUCCUGACUUUCAAGUGAAGGAGAUGGUCCGGAAGUAUUUCCCUGAGACCUGGAUCUGGGACUUGAUGGAACUUGACUCAUCAGGUGGAAGGGAGUUGGCGGUGAAGGUCCCUGACACCAUCACAGAAUGGAAGGCCAGCGCACUCUGCUUGUCUGGAACUGCAGGACUUGGCCUCUCCCCUGUCGUCUCUCUUGUAGUCUUCCAGCCCUUCUUCCUAGAACUCACCCUCCCCUAUUCCGUGGUGCGAGGAGAAGCCUUCACCCUCAAAGCCACUGUGUUCAACUACUUGUCCCAAUGCAUUCGGGUCAGUGUGCAGCUGGAGGUCUCUUCUGCUUUCCUGGCCGUCCCAGUGGAGAAGAAUGAAGAAUCUCACUGUGUCUGUGGAAAUGGGCGGAAAACCUUGUCCUGGGCUGUGACCCCAAAGUCACUGGGAAAAGUGAAUUUCACAGCUACUGCAGAGGCUGUGCAGUCUCGGGAAUUGUGUGACAAUGAGGUGCCUGAAGUCCCAACACUUGGACAGAAGGACACUAUAGUCAAGCCCUUACUAGUUGAGCCUGAAGGAAUAGAAAAGGAGGAAACUUUCAACACACUGCUCUGUGCAUCAGAUACUGGUGUGACUGAAAAGUUGUCACUGACUGUUCCUUCAAAUGUGGUGGAAGGAUCUACCAGGGCAACAUAUUCAGUUUUGGGAGAUAUACUAGGCUCUGUAGUGCAAAACCUUCAGAAUCUUCUACAGAUGCCCUAUGGUUGUGGAGAGCAGAAUAUGGUCCUUUUUGUCCCUAACAUCUAUGUUCUAAACUAUCUGAAUGAGACUCGACAGCUGACAGAGAAGACCAAGGCCAAAGCCAUCAGCUACCUCAUCAGUGGGUACCAAAGGCAGUUGAAUUAUAAGCACAGCGAUGGUUCAUACAGCACCUUUGGGGAUCAUGGUGAUGGAAGUCAGGGAAAUACUUGGCUCACUGCAUUUGUGCUCAAGUCCUUUGCUCAAGCCCAGUGGUACAUCUUUGUGGACAACUCACACAUCAUGAAUGCCCUCACCUGGCUGUCACAGAAACAAAAGGAAAAUGGUUGUUUCCAGCGCUCUGGAUCACUGCUAAACAAUGCCAUGAAGGGCGGGGUGGACGAUGAGGUGACACUCUCCGCCUACAUCACCAUUGCUCUGCUGGAGAUGCCACUGCCUGUCACUCACCCAGUUGUCCGAAAUGCUCUAUUCUGCCUUGAAAAGGCCUGGAGCUCCACCUCCGAGGCCCACGGAAGUCUUGUCUAUACCAAGGCAUUAUUGGCCUAUGCCUUUGCCCUAGCAGGAAACCAGGCCAAGAGAAGAGAGCUGCUUGAAUCACUAGACAGAGAGGCUGUGAAAGAAGAGGAUUCAAUCCACUGGCAACGUCCUGGGAAAUUUCAAGAAGCUAAGACAUUUUAUCACCAACCCCGGGCUCCUUCUGCAGAAGUGGAGAUGACAUCUUACGUGCUCCUUGCCUAUCUUACUGUACAGCCUGCCCCGUCUUCAGAGGACCUGUCUGUGGCAUCGCGUAUUGUGAAGUGGAUUACCAAGCAGCAAAACCCCCAUGGGGGCUUCUCCUCCACUCAGGAUACAGUGGUGGCUCUCCAAGCCCUCUCCAAAUACGGAGCAGCAACUUUCACUAAAAGUGAGAAAGCAGCUUUGGUCACCGUCAAAUCUUCAGACACUUUCUCUCAAGAAUUCCAAGUAGAUGAUGCCAACCGCCUCCUGCUACAGGAGGUCGGGUUGCCAGAGAUUCCAGGGGACUACAGCACCACCGUGUCAGGGUCAGGAUGUGUGUACCUCCAGACAUCCCUGAGAUAUAACAUACUUCUCAAGAAAGAAGGGAAAACACCCUUCACUCUGCAGGUUGAUACUGUCCCCAAGAACUGUGAUGAAGUAGAUGCUCACAGAAAAUUCCAGAUUCACAUCAAUAUUAGUUACACUGGGGACCGACCCAGCUCCAACAUGGUCAUUGUUGACGUGAAGAUGGUAUCAGGCUUCAUACCUGUGAAACCAUCAGUAAAAGAGCUCCAAAAAGGACCUCCCAUCCAGAGGGCUGAAGUGAGCACCAACCAUGUUCUGAUUUACUUUGAAGAGCUAACCAGUCAAACCCUGAGUUUCUCCUUUUCGGUGGAACAAGACGUCCAAGUAGAGAAUUUAAAACCAGCUACAGUAAAAGCCUAUGAUUAUUAUGAGACAGAUGAAUUCAGCAUUGAAGAAUACAGUGCCCCUUGCAGUGCUGAAUCUGAACAAGGAAACGCUUGAAAACAGAAACUAUGGACCUCAUCAGAUGACCUUCUCUAAAAGUGAAGAACAAAGAUUUAGGAGAGAAGAGAGAAAAGAAUUGGAAAUCCAUAAAAUUUGUAUGUUGAAUAAAUUUGUGACAUUUGCAACUUUUUUUGUUCUUUAUCAAUAUUGUAUUUCCUUUCCUGAAUAUGUGUUUAUUCUCUAUAGCAUUUUUUUUGAAUCACCAAAAAACUGUACAAAGAGGUACACUCAAAAACACUGUGGAUGGAUCAAAGUGACAUUCAAAAAAUUAUUGAAUUAACCCACAAAAAGAUGGAAAAAGAAAACAAUGUUUCUAAACAUUGGAAACAACCAAAAUGUCCAUCAAUAAGUAAAUGGUUUAACAAACUGGUAUGUACAUACCAUGGAAUACUACUGGCAAUAAAAAGUAAAAAACAGUUGUAUACACAACCACUUGGGUGGAUCUCAAAAACAUGCUGAGUGGGGGGGAAAGGCCAAUAGCAAAAGGUCACAUAUUGUAUAAUUCUUUGUAUACAACAUUCUUUAAAUGACAAAAUUAUAGAGAUAAAAAACAGUGGUUUCCAGGGGUUAUGGAUGGUAGGGGAGUAGGAUGGGUGUGACUAUAAAUGGGUAGUACUAGAGAGAUCUUUGUGAUGACAAAAUCCUACAUGUAUGAAAGCAAAAGUCCUCAUUCAAAUUUUUACAUUUAAUUCCAUCUCAAAUUAUUUUGUUGUGUAUUAUUGGGUGGUGAGUAGGUGUGCAUAUAAAUUGACUUUUUUCUCAUGUAGCUUUCCAAUAGUUGUAUUAUCAUUGAUUGUCCAAAUCAAUUUUUCUUUGCUAAUAAAA